UCAGACAGAGCCUAUGUGGAGGGCAUUGUGAAGAAGCUGAAGGAGCAGCUUGCACACGGCACAACUUAUGGGGACAGGCGUGGAGCAGCAUACGGACUUGCAGGAGUUGUGAAGGGCCUUGGCAUUACAACCUUGAAAAACUUCGCGAUCAUGGACUCCCUCAAGGCGUACGUGGAGGACAAGAGUGAUGCAAAUGCCCGUGAGGGAGGCAUCCUUGCCUUUGAAUGCUUCUGUGACAGGCUGGGGAAGCUGUUUGAGCCAUACGUGAUUCAUGUCCUCCCUCUGCUGCUGACGUGCUUUGGAGACUCGGCGCUGCAA